GAGGUGGCUGCAGUAAAGGGUGACAGCAAGAGGCAAAGUCCAGGGAGAGCAAACAAAAGGCUAGUCACUUCUCAAACUUAAUACUAAGUGACUCAAAUGUUGAUGCAAGUUACAGCACAAUGUGACUGAACAGCAACUAGCACACUGAGUAAGCCUCACCAUUACAGCAACUAAAACCCUGGAGAUGGACAGAGCUUGGAGGAGCCGUGACACCACCUACUGUUGAGAGGAAUGACCAUGGACAAGAUGCGAGUUGCUGUGAUUGGAGCCGGUGUAGUGGGGCUGUCUACUGCUGUGUGCAUAGCAGAGUCUAUUCCAGAUUGCUCUGUUACUGUGAUCGCAGAGAAGUUCUCCCCUUAUACAACUAGUGAUGUCGCUGCAGGAAUCCUCAGCCCACACUUCUCCCGAGAGACACCAAUUGAACGUCAGAAACGCUGGUUUGAUGAUACAUUUGCUCACCUCUUCUCAAUCGCACAGUCAGAGGAGGCAUCAGAAAUAGGUGUGCAGUUCCUGUCUGGAUGGGAGAUCUUUAAAGAAGCUCCUAUAGAGCCUAUCCCGUACUGGUCUGACUCUGUGCUGGCGUUCCGGACUAUGAAUAAUUCAGAGCUGAAGAGGUUUCCACAGGCUACAUUUGGCUGGAUGUACACGACCUUGCUUUGCGAAUGUACCUCCUACUUACCUUGGUUGGAGAAACGGUUAAAGAAUGCAGGCGGCCAGUUACAGACGGGGAAGAUCACAGGUUUCUGGGAACUUCACGGAAAGUAUGAGAUCAUUGUGAACUGUUCAGGUAUUGGAGCCAGGGCCCUUACUGGGGACAUGAACGUUUAUCCUGUAAGGGGCCAGAUUCAUAAAGUUCACGCCCCUUGGCUCAAACACUUUGUCCAUGUAGGCGACGGCACCUCUUACAUUUACCCAGGAAUCUCCAGCGUUACUUUGGGUGGAACAAGGCAGAAAGAUGAUUGGCGGAUGUCAGUCGACCCAUCGGACAGCGAGGCCAUUUUCAAGGCGUGCUGUGCUUUAGAACCAAGUCUCCAGCGCGCUGGUAAAUUAUUCGAAGGAGUCGGUCUGAGGCCUGUCAGAGCCGUGCUGAGGCUGGAGAAGGAGAAACUGGAACGUGAGGGGAGUCACGUGUACUUGGUGCACAAUUACGGCCAUGGGGUGGCUGGAGUUUCCCUCCAUUGGGGAACCGCGAAGGAAGCUGCCCAACUGGUGAAAGAUUACUCAACAGAAAUAGGCACCAAAAGCCUCACGGGAAACAUUGUGUAGCUACAAAAAACAACACUGAAUGCUGAGCAUUAAGGCUGUCACGAAAUUGAAAGUUUAAUUGUGGCUAACAUCAUGGUUAAAAAUUUUUUGUCUCAAAUAUUUUGAUUUAAAAUUUAAUUGCUAUAAUUACUGUAUCACUCUGCUUCAUGCUUAUUAUUUAAGCUAUUAUUGAUGAGGUCCAAAAGCCAGCAUUAAAACCCUGUCAUUGGACUAGUUAUCCAGACACCUCCCUCAAUCCCAGGCAAUGUUCAGGGGACAUGGGCUCAAAUCCUACCACAGCUAAUGGUGACAUUUGAAUUCAGUAAAAAUUCUGAAAUAGAGUUGACCUGAUUACAACCAUGUAACCACAGCUGAUUGUCACAACCCCCUCUGGUUCACUAAUGUUUUUGAGGGAAGGAAAUCUGCCGUCCUCACCUGGUCUAGCCUACAUGUGACUCCAGACCCACAGCAAUGCGGCUUACUCUCAAUUGUCCUCUCGGCAAUUAGAGAUGGACAAGAAAUGCUGGCUCAUUCGGCCACGCCCACAUCCUGUAAAUGAAUAACAAAAACAACUUCCUAAUUUCUGGAAUCGUUGUCCUUGUUGCCAUGACAGCUGCCCAUGCAGUCAUUGUUCCUGUGAUGUCAUUACUCAUAGGUAAAUUUGUUCACAGCUUGUCGAUGGAUCUCAGAAACUGCUGCUGCGUGUAUCAUUGACAGCAGGGCCACAAUCUUGUAUUAUAGAGGCUAAACCUGUUACCUAAGUUGGAGGUGCCUGUGCCAUGGAGCAGUUGAGUUCAGGUUCUGAUGUUAAGCCUGCAUCCUGCACUCUUCAGCCACAAGGCUAACUGUCUUCAGCACAUAGCUUUCAAAUUUGCAGCAAGAGGAUGAUGAGGUGGGGCAGCCAGUGGGAGUGAUGGGGCAUUGGGGCAGCCAGUGGGAGUGAUGGGGCAUUGGGGCAGCCAGUGGGAGUGAUGGGGAAUUGGGGCAGCCAGUGGCAAAGAGGGUUGGGCAAGGGAAAAGCAACAGCAAUGGGCACACUCUCCUUCCAGGUCCAGGGCAGUGGGGAUGCACAAUGACGAUAUAAACAGCACCAUCUUACUAUUCAAGGUAUUGACGGGAGAUGCAUCGCUCUGGUUAGGAGGUUAAAAUAACUGACACCUUUUUAGAUGUUCAGGACAAAGUUAUAGUUUUAGAUGAAUACAGUAGGUAGAAAAGGAGUAGAGAGUCUGGUAAAAAACACUGGCCACAAGAAUGAUUGAUUGGUCCUGAUAAUUUGAAAAGUAGGAACCUGACCCUCCCUAUCUCUCUAACCUCCCCUAGUCACUCCAACCCUCCCUAUCUCUAUAACCUCCCCCAGUCACUCCAACCCUCCCUAUCUCUGUAACCUCCCCCAGUCACUCCAACCCUCCCUAUCUCUGUACCCUACGUUUCUGAAUCCUGUCUGUACCAGUCAGUAUUGUCAUGAUUCCCUCCAUGGGAACCUGAGAUUUGUAUUUUCUGCAAUCUUGUUUCCAAAAUUUCUGAAAUAUUUCAAAAUUGUAAGUAAUUGUAUGUAAUCGAGACAUUACACUAUGAAGAAAUUGCGUACUCACCUAAGUUUUGAGAAUAUUUUGAGUCCAAUUGGGAACUUAAUCUCAGAACAGCAUCGAGAGUUAAUUCUGGGAGCAAGUGGCUGUUGAGUGAACUAAUUAAUAAAUGUGAUUGUAAUUAGUGACAGACUGCGCCACUGAAAUAUAGUUCAUUUCCCACAGUAUUCGAGUGUUGCAUUAUAUGAUUUCAUUCAAUAGUUGCAGUGGCUAACCUGGACCAUAAGGUGUCAAUGAAAAACUUCUUAACAUCGCUAUUGUACUUAUUGUAAUUUUUAAAUCUGAACAGCAGUUAUAGAUUUCUAGUUGACAGUUUGCCUUAACUGUUCCAUUCUGUGUGGAUGGUUUGAGGUAGUACAAAUGUGACAGAACAUGAAGCGUUUUCAAUAAAAUACAUGGUUAAGAAUCA